GACAUCGAGAGAGGGAGAGAGAGAGAGAGAGAGAGAGAGAGAGAGAGAGAGAGAGAGAGAGAGAGAGAGAGAGAGAGAGAGAGAGAGAGAGAGAGAGAGAGAGAGAGAGAGAGAGAGAGAGAGAGAGAGAGAGAGAGAGAGAGAGAGAGAGAGACACACAGAGACACAGAGACAGACAGACAGACAGACAGACAGACAGACAGACAGACAGACAGACAGACAGACAGACAGACAGACAGACAGACAGACAGACAGACAGACAGACAGACAGACAGACAGACAGACAGACAGAGAGAGAGCGCGCCAAAGAGGCGAGAGAGUUCGCGCCAAAGGGGCGAAAAAAUAAAUAAAUAUAAAGCUGUGCUUUAUAAGAGCUCUCUGUCAGAGCGCUGUCGGGUGCCUCUUUCUCAGCUGCAGUGUGUCGCUGGAGAUGUCUACGGCCUGUUUCCCCCUCGGCCUGUGUGCUCUGUUAUCCUGGGUUUUGUUGAUCUGUGGCAAGCCGCCCCUUCCUCCUGUUUAGUCCACUGUCUACCGCCGCCGGAGUCACUAUUCAGAAAACUCGGUGGCCACGCCCACUAGCGCACUAUAUAAAUUAACCCCCAGAGUCGGGAGGGAAAACAGUCGACGCGUGCUUUAGAGCUGUAUCACUGAAAGAUGUCAGUUGCGUGUCUCGCCCUCGGACUGCUGUGUGCUAUUUGGACCUGCGUUGUGUUGACCUCAGGUGCUGACAUCACUGAGGUGUCCACCAGAGAGGGAGACGAUGCCAUCCUACCGUGUGCUCUGGGUUCCAAGGUGGACCUGACAGAUGAGGCGUUUGACUGGAAGAAGGGGAAGCAGGAGGUGUUCUUCUAUAUACAGGGCAAGGACUACAACAUCGGCUGGGAGGGACAAGACCCCCAUUAUGUGGGCAGGGUGCACCUUCUCCCAGGGGGGCUGCAGGCCGGUAACGCCUCUGUGGUCCUGUCCGGUGUGACCCAGGCGGACAGUGGAGUGUAUGAGUGCGUAAUUCUUACGAGACAGACAAACAGACGGAUCCGGCUGACUGUAGCAGGUGCUGGCAUCCCUGAUGUGGUCACCAAUCUGGGGGACACUGACACUGAGGUGUUCAGAAGAGAAGGAGAAGAUGCCAUCUUACCGUGUGGUCUGGGUUCCCCGGUGAACCUGAAGGAUGAGGUGUUUGACUGGAAGAAGAAGCAGCAGGAGGUGUUCUUCUAUGAAAAGGGCAAGCAUUACAACAACGGCAAGCGUGGACAAGACCCCCAGUUCGUGGGCAGGGUGCACCUUCUCCCAGGGGGGCUGCAGGCCGGUAACGCCUCUGUGAACCUGACCAGUGUGACCCAGGCCGACGGCGGAGUGUAUUCUUGCUACUUCCCACGUCGGAAACUGACGAGAUGUAUCCGGCUGACUGUAGAGCGCGUCCUCGAUCACACUCGCCCAAAAAUCAGGAAUGCGGCGGUGGAGCCUCGGUUGAGGCUGGAGGUGGUCGAGGCUCCCCCGUCCUCCGGCUCGGUGCGGCUGUCCUGCGUCUCCAGAGGAGGCCAGCCCCAGCCCAGCGGUCUGGAGUGGCAGACCCCCAACGGAACUGUGAUCCCUGCAGAAGAAGCACCGCCGGCCGCCUCCUCAGACGGCGACGGCCGCUACUCCAUCAGUCAGACGGUGGAGGUGACCGAGCCAGGCAGCUACACCUGUGUGGCCCGGCAGCAAGGCGUCCACCCUGCGGUCAGAGACACCAUCCGAGUGUUUGUCAAUUGGCAGUCGUUGACCGGCGAUCGUGGAGAGGUCUUCUGGAAUGGUACCCGGAACGCCCUUUGUGUUUUGACUAUUCUCUCUAUUAUGUUAUCAUUUGGAGCUAAAAUGUACAAAUGUUGUGCCAAAAAGAAAAACAGUAAGGAAGGUAUAGUGCAAAAUACAACCAACAAAGGGCCUCCGAGGGAAUUCCCUGUGUUGCUCAUGACACCUCCUGAUAGCGCUCUGGCAGGUGCCCCUAACCUUCUGAUUGAGAUCAGAGCCGGUCCUAGGGUGACCCCUGAGGAAGUUAUCUCUCUGGAGUCAAUAAGUGGAUGACAAUAAAUUUUGCGAAUGACAAUACAUUUUCUCAUUCUGAUUGCUGUAGUAGUUGCCAAUGGUUGGCUGUUACUUACUACAGGUGAUUAUUUGCUGAUAAUUUUGCAUUAUAGCGAAUCGGGAUGCAAUUAAUAGUUUGAAAUAUUCACCAAAAAUCAAAAAUCUUUUUAUUCGGAUUGCUGUAGUAGACCCAUAUGAAUAUAUUAAUAUAAUUAAUUUUGAGGCCCUCGUGUUGGUUUAGCUGGUAUGACAGCUUUGCAGACAUAACUUAUGUUUUGUAUUUGAAUAAAUUAUAAUUCAACAAAUA